UUGUUUGUCCAUCAUGGGCUUGUCCCAAAUCUCCUAUUUAAAGCCUUCGUCUUGCUGCGGAGAACUGCGCUUCAACAAUUUCGGAGCUUUCUGCAAUGGCUGCCGAAGCGGUUCCGGGUACACCCGGCAUAAAAGAAAUGAGGUCCGAAGCCGGGACGGAGUUCCGUUUUAGCAAUGGUUCGGGUCAUGGACAUAGAGCUCCCGGGUCCCCCUGUCCGCCGGGGAUAAGGAGGGUGAGUUUAAGAGCGGAGAUUGAUACGUCCCCGCCUUUCGGGUCGGUCGAGGAGGCUGUUACCCGUUUUGGCGGGAAGGGGUCUUGGUUACCAUUCUACAAGCUCGGAGAAAACUAUAAUGGGGUUGAAGGGUUUGACCUAAAGAAAGUGGAGGAGCAGGCAGCAGAGCUGGAGAAGGAUUUGAUUGUGAAAGAACUGGAGACACUUGAUGUCCUGGAGGAACUGUCAACAACGAAAAGGAUCGUGGAAGAGCUAAAGCGCCAGCUGCAGAAAGAGGCGUUGAAAUGCUUGACAGUCUUGCCCCCGGAUUUCCAUUUUGAAGAACACAUUUCAUCAUCCCCUGCCAUCAAAGAAAUGGACAAGGAAAGUUAUAGGACUCCGGGAAAUAACCAUGAACACAUGAUGGGAAAUUCGAGUCCCUACCCGAAUUCUCCUGAUCUGAUCUUGAUGGAGUUGAAGCAAGCAAAAUUGAACCUUGGUAAAACAAUCAGCGAUCUUGGGGUGAUUCAGUCUUCUGUCGAAUGUUUAAAUAAGAAGAUGCGAAGCGAGAAAGUGUUACUUGAAAAGACCCAGGAGAGGCUGACUUUGCAGUUUGCAGGGGUGUCGUCGCUGGAGGAGGAGAUGAAGAACAUUGAAGUGAAGGAACAAAUAGGUGUUGAUGCAGAAACAGAUACUAAGAGCGGCUUUGAGAAUUCAGCAUUUGUUUCAAGGGAGCAUAUGCAGUUUAGGAAUACACCGGAAACUGUGAACUUUGAAGCAUCCGGGGCAAUGUCUAGGAAUGAGCAUGCCACGAACAUUAUGAAGACUGCUGAAAUGAGGUGGAUUGCAGCUAAAAAGAUGGAAGAAGCGGCAAGGGCAGCAGAGGCCGUUGCUCUUGCUGAAAUCAAGGCUUUAACAAGUGGUGGGAGCUCGUCAGGAUACGUCCUUCCAGAGCCCGAGAAAAUGAGUUUUAGUUCUCAGAUGAAAUCUCCUCUAAACUCGAAAGCUCAAGAAGCUAAGGGCUUGUUCAAGAAGAAGCUAGUGGAUGCCAUGCGCCAAAUUGAUGAAGCUCAUACUUCUAAACUGGCUAUAUUGAGGAAGCUGAAAGAAGCAACAGAAGAGGUUAAACACAGUAAGCAAUUCUUGGAGGAGGCUCUGAACAAAGUAGAACUUGCGAAUCGAAAGCAACUCGCUGCUGAAGAGGCUCUUCAGAGUUGGGGAACCGAGCAUGAUCUGAAGGGACAAGCAGCAGCUUAUAACAUUCGCAACCUAAACAAUUUCCAAUCACCAGAUUAUAGCCUGAACUCUCCGAUGAACGGGAUGAACAAGUCAGCCCUACUAAAUGAUGGUCCGAAGCCAGUUUUAAGGUCAACAUGUUCAAUGCGAGAUGUACUUAGCAGGAAGCAAGUUCUCCCCGAAGAUGUUGUGGCAACAAAGGAAAUGGAUCGCAGCCAGACUGAAACGCACAGAGGAGCUUUGAUUGAAAUGCUUCAUGCUCUAAGGAAGGAUGUAACAUUUCCUUCGAAAGUCGAGAAGGAUGGAAAUGAUCAGAAGCCGGUUUUAGCACAUAGGAAGAAAUUCGGGUUCAUCCAGAUUUCCCUUCCCUUGUCGAAGCCGAGUAAGAAAAAGAUGCAAACUUCGAAUGCAGUGUGACAACAUUAGAUUGAUCAACAGUUUCUGUUCAGUUCUUUUGCUCUUUGAGUUAUGGUUUUGCUUAUGUCAAUGUCUUGGAGGUGUUGUUUUAUUGUUUGGCAGUCUGUAUAGGUGAUCUACUAAUCUGUAUUAUACAGUGAGGCUGGAUAUUUGUUUUACUUUGUUUAAUGCAUUGGAGUGUAGUUUUUUACUAAAAUAUUUUGUACGUGUAAUUAUAUAGACAUUUCCUCCGACCCUUGUGAA